AUGAAUGUUGUUGCAGACUUGGCUGACGAGGACAGUAUCUCAGCUGCAGUUCAGGCUGUGAGUCAGAAAAUUGGACCCGACGGCCUAAACCUCCUCAUCAACAAUGCUGCUGUGAACAAACCCGUCCCCCCAGCUUCGUUACUGGACACCAGGAAAAGUGACAUGAUGGAGGCGUUUGAAAUCAACGUUGUAGGACAGUUUGUCCUCUCAAAGGUCUGUCCAGUAGCCUCCCCUGUCACUAGAUCCAACUCCCCACCAAGUGGAGAUCAGCUGACAGCUCUUCCUGUCUUGAACCGAGUGUCCAAACGUAGGGCCGCAGUGCCUAACACAGACGUCCAAGAAGCAAACACCAUUCGAGCUCAGAUCAGGGAGACCAUUCCUCCCAGUCACCCCCUUCCAGAUGAUUGUGUCUUUGCCCACAGUAGAAAGAGGGAAUCACCACAUGGCACCCCUUCCAGGACACAUCCAGAGACCCCAGAAAGGCCAGGUGAUGAAAUGUCCUGCAGAAGAUCAGCCAUCAUCAACAUAUCUUCUACUCUGGCGUCUUUAGAGAAGUGUCCAGAGAACUUCCAUAUGGCUCACAUGUUCCCCUACAGGAUCAGUAAGGCAGCCCUGAACAUGCUGACUCGCUGUCAAGCCGAGGACUUCAAGCGUCACAAGGUUCUGGUGACGGCCAUCCACCCCGGCUGGGUUCGCACCGACAUGGGAGGACAGCAGGCUCCUCUCACCCCGGAGGACAGUGUGGUCAGCAUGCUGGGGGUGAUGUCAUCUCUGAGCAAGAGACAUACUGGGACGUUCCUGAGCUGGGAAGGCAACACCAUUCCCUGGUAG